AUGGGUGAAGAUUUUAAACUGCAAUACAUCAUUAACAUACGUAGUGGAGGCUGGUGCUAUGAACCAGGGUUCAACGAAUGGAUGGAUGGUGGGGUGCUAUCGAUGGGUAUUCGCUGGGAUAGCAAAAUAUUCAUGGGCACCGCUGUAAUGUGUGCGCAAUGUGGACUUGGCUGA